AUGAACCGACACCAACAAAGCUCAAUGUUUUCAAAUUUCUUCAACAGAGAUAGACCCUCAAUGAGUUCAGUAUUCUCCUUAUCAGACAUUUCUGAAAAGACUCAAGCACAUUUAACCAAGGUUUACACCAUGAUUAUGGCCUGCAGUAUAGUUUGUGCUGCUGGUAUGUACGUCAAUGCCACCCUCAUCCUUAGUGGCUUCUUAAUGACCAUUCUGUCGAUCAUUCUCUCAGUCUACCUUAUUUACCAGAUAAACAAUAGAAACAAUUCUGAAGAAAGCAGAAUGCUCUAUUUGGCCACUCUCGCCUUCCAGUUGGGAUACCUCGUUGGACCAGCUAUUCAUCACAUUGCAGAAGUUAACCCUAAACUUCUUAUUCAAGCCUUACUUUACACCGGAAUUGCAUUCACCUCCUUCAGUGCUAUUUCAUUGUUCAGCAAGAGAAGAUCCAUGUUGUUCGUAGGAGGCAUUAUCGUCACUAUGGUCCAAUGCAUGGUACUCUACAGACUCAUUUCAUGGCUCACUGGAUUUGGAGGAUUUGGUUUGACCUAUAUUAUGUGUGGUCUAUUCGUUGCCUGCCUCUACAUUAUCUAUGACACCUAAGUAAUCAUUGAAAGAGCUGAAAGAGGAGACAAAGAUGUACCAACUCACACAAUGAUGCUUUUCCUUGACUUAUUCGACCUCUUCAUCAGAAUUGUCCAAAUUCUUCAGAAACUCCAGGAGAAUGAGAAUAGAAACAGAAGAAGAAAGGAUUGA